UUUACAUGUUUCUGACAAAAAUACCAACUUUUGUACAAUUUCGCCGUUCUCUCACCACCAUCGUCUUACCUACUCCAAAUUUUGUCAAUCCCCCUCUUCUCUCUCUAGAGAUCCUUUUCUAGCUCAAGUUUUUUCGAUCGGGAUCCUCUCCAAAACGUCGUCGGUUUAGAUUUUAAAGACAAUUUUUGCUUUCCGAAAAUGGAUUUUUUCUUCGGGAACUCGGAGAGGGGAUCUUCGAACUUUAACCAGGACAUUGGUCGGUGCCCAUUUUUGAGGAACAUAAACGAACCAACCGACUUCUCGUUUUCAACAUCAAUGGCUAUCCCUAUUCCCGCGCGGAAUGGAAAAGGUCCUAUAUUUGAGGACGGUCCCAAUUUCGAUGCGGCAUUCACACUCUUCCACGGGCAGAAUGGCGUUGUACCACUUUCCGGAAGGUCAUUUGUUCGCACCGACAAAUCCAUGUCCGAACAAACGCCAGCUCAGUUCAAUCCAUUGGCAGCAAAAGCAGCCUCCAUCAGCCUCUCUGGUUUCGGUGGACCUUUCGGCUUCGAUGCUUUCUUUGGAAAGAACAAGAAAGAAAAUAAAGGACCCAACUCCUCCAAUAAGGGAGGUAAUUCGGAACACGAAGCAAUGAGCAACGAGUGGCUGCAAAAAGGUAACUGCCCGAUCGCAAAGUCGUACCGUGCCGUGAGCCACGUGCUUCCUCUGGUGGCAAAGGUUUUCAAGCCGCCACCUGGCAUUAAGUACAAAUGCCCUCCGGCGAUUGUUGCCGCCAGGAGUGCGCUGGCGAAAACUGCCUUCGCCAAAAAUCUCCGGCCGCAGCCUCUGCCUGCAAAAGUGCUUGUCAUCGGAGUUUUGGGAAUGGCGGCAAAUAUACCAUUAGGGAUCUGGAGAGAGCACACUGCAAAAUUCUCUCCGUCUUGGUUUGUUGCCGUUCAUGCGGCCGUGCCUUUCAUAGGCAUGCUUAGGAAAUCGGUGCUGAUGCCGAAGGCAGCUAUGGCUUUUACGAUCGCAGCGUCGAUUCUCGGACAGGUGAUUGGUUCUAGGGCAGAGAGGUACCGUCUGAAAGCAGUUGCUGCGAGGAAAAUCGAAUUGUCUGAACCUUUCAGUGUCGGGACUAAUCAGUCGACAGUUAAUGGACUUGGAGACGGGCAUUGCAGAGAAGACGUUGAUUGGAACUCGAAAUCUCUCCAAAUUGGUAUUCCCAUUGCCACGUCAUCGAGUUGAUAGGUCGUGGUUCGGUAUUUGAUAUUGUUCUCCAUUGUUGGUUUUUUUUUUUUUUUGUCGUUUUUCGGAACCGAAGGGCCUCUAAUAAUUGGUGAAAUAAAUGUGGGGAAUGUGAUUUCUUGUACUAAUAUUAUCAUACUCAGAAAUUGAGAUGUGUUUGUUUGUGUGUUGA